AUGCUAAUUAAUACGUAUACACUAAAAAACUUUAGUUGUCUUUGGUUGAUAACUGAUGAUGAAUAUGCCUAUGAGAUUGUUUUGCUUAAAAUCGUUAAUCUUAUUAUUCUCGUUCUAGGUGCUCCCAAUAUUCCAAGUGCUACCGGCAACAAGAAUACACCAGGCGCAACAGGCACAGCAAUGGCUACUCCAAUAGCAUCUUCAAGCUCGGCAUUAUCAGAACCUCUAUUGAUUACCAUAAUUGCUCUCCUAGUUGCCCUUUUAAUUGGCAUUGUCUGUUUAAUUAUGCUUAUAUGUUGGAAAAGAAAUAAGAAAAAUGCUAAUCCCGAGGUAGUUCCCGCUGCACCUCCAAAUUCAUCACCAUAUAUGCAGCAUCCUCAGCAUCAUGCUAAUCCCGAGGUAGUUCCCGCUGUACCUCCAAAUUUAUCACCAUAUAUGCAGCAUCCUCAGAAUCCUCAACAUCCUCAGCAACUUUAUUACCAUCAAUAG